AUGCCGAACCCCAUCCGUGAAGACAUCACCAUACGUGAUGAAACAUCUUUCCCCUACAUCUUCGAGCAAAAUGUGACGAUCGCAUUGAAGGACCACUCUGGUCUCGUGCGAUGCAAUGUCUAUCGCCCUAAGGGCAUCGACAAGGCCCCAGUGCUCGUCACCUACGGACCGUAUGGCAAAGACAUCCCGUAUCGCGAUUUCCAUCCGAAAUCCUUCAGCGAGGUCAAUCCGGAGCACCACUCGGAGCAUUCGGCCUGGGAAACACCCGACCCGGGCUUUUGGACCAAGCAUGGAUACGCCAUUGUUCGCGCCGACGAGAGAGGCACCGGCCAGUCGCGUGGAAAGCUCGAUACUAUGUCCAGGGAGACGAGCGAGGCAUUCUUUGAUGUUGUUGAAUGGGCGGCUGAACAGCCCUGGUCCACCGGAAAGGUUGGCUUGCUGGGAAUCAGCUACUACGCAGGAAGCCAGUGGAGAGUUGCUGCGCGUCAGCCCAAGGGUUUGACUUGCAUGAUUCCCUGGGAGGGAAUGUCCGAUUACUACCGCGAUAGAUGCCGCCAUGGUGGAAUUCUGAGCAACGCUUUUAUCAAGUUCUGGUGGGAUCGCCAGGUCGUCUCCAACCAGUAUGGCCGACCUGGUCGCGCAGCAAGGAACUGGGGUCCUGACACAAUCGAGGGGGACCUCCCCGAAGAGGAAUUGGUUGCCAAUCGCCAGGACCAGACCAUUGACAAUGCCAACAAUCACUUCCGGGAUGAUAUCUACUACGCCAGCAAGGAAUACACCAUGAGCGAUAUUCAGGUCCCGUUGCUAUCAGUGGCCAACUGGGGCGGCAUCCUUCUUCACCUGCGAGGAAACGUGGAAGGCUACACGCAAGCAGGCAGCCAGCUGAAGUAUCUGCGAUUCAUUACUGGCCGUCACGAUCUGCCAUUCUAUUACAAGGAGGAGGUCGAAGUUCAGCGCAGCUUCCUCGAUGCCUUUCUCAAAGGCGAAGAUCGCGCCGGAUGGUCUACUGGACAGGCGCCCAAAGUCGACUUGGUCCUCCGGAAAGGCGACGUGGGCUUCAACAACGCCGAAGCAGAGAAGCAAUUUCCUCGGCGCACGGAGACCGAAUGGCCCAUUGCGCGUACCCAAUACACGCGCUUCUACUUGACUCCGGAUAAGGGAUUGGUAACGGAACAGCCUCAAAAUGUUCCCCCGGUGAAGAUUACCUAUCGCGCGCUGGGGACAUUGGACAACCCGCAGCUGGUUCAAUUCACCACCGCGCCAUUCGAGAAGGAGACUGAAAUUACAGGACAUAUCGUUGCCCAUUUGAAUGUCUCCAUGAGCCCGUAUCCCGGCUCUCCGACGCCCCGCGAUAUUGAUCUUUUCAUCACGCUUCGCUACAUCUCCCCCGAGGGCAAGGAAGUCUACUACACAGGUACAGCCGGUGACCCCGUUCCUCUGUGCAAGGGCUGGCAGCGUGUCAGCCUGCGCAAGGUGAACAAGGAACACGCUCGACAUCGCGAGUGGUUGCCGCAUCGCGACUACUACUCGACCGAUGUCCUCCCGGUGAUACCGGGCGAAGUGUACCCCGUCGAUGUGGAGGUGUGGCCCACCAACGUGGUGGUAGAGAAAGGAGGCAAACUCAUUCUUGAGGUCGCCUCGGGAGAUACUCAGGGAAGUGGGGUCUUCCAGCAUAAUUCCCCUGUGGAUCGGUCGCCGGAGAAGCUGGAAGGCCAGAACCAUAUCAACUUUGGACACGGCGAUAACUAUGUCACGCUGCCCAUUAUUCCACCAAGGGAGUAA